AUAACCUAAAUAUAAAUAAUUUAACAACUUAAAUUAGAAAAAAAUAAAAAUGCCCGGGCGUAGCCCGGGUUAAUCCCUAGUCAAGAUGAAAGAAACCAAGCCUAUCAGACUCAAUAAAAGAAGAUCUAAUAGGGUUUGACAAGUAUUUUUGGAAAUUGAUAGCAAACCAUGUUUAUCGGGGGAAUAAUAACAAAGUAUUUGGAAUAUGCAAGUGAAAGUAUAGUCGUUUUAAAAUGAUCUACAACAUAUUUAAAAAAUAUCAUUUCCCGUAGCUAAAUUAUUCCAUAAACUUAGAACAUCCACAUUGAUUUUUUUUUUUUUUUGAAGAUACGUCUAUCACCAAUUAUUAAUAUUUAAGUAGAAAAGUUUUUAAAAAUGAACUUGAGAGGAACAUAUUAAAAUCUAAUUUAGACUUACGUCGAAAAAAUCUUAAUAAUGAUGGUGUUAGAACAAAGUUAACUAUUGCAUGUGUAACAUUUAAUACGUAACAACACUUCAGUCAUAAAUUAGUAAUAGUUGUCCCUACAUGAGCAAUCAUUCAUAAUCUUAAUGGUUAUAUUUGUAACACCGUAUUUUUUAAGUUGAGAACCAAGGCUCAAGUUAAGAAUGGUGGACUCAACUUUCUUUUGGUGGGAUCCAUUGACCUCUUUCAGAUUGUUAUACACCUAUCUUAGUUUUGAUGGGUCUAACAGAUUUGGUAUUCUUCUCUUUGCCAUGGUUGCGGAAAUAAGAGGAAAUGGCCUUUGGUAGCUAUCAAUGGCAGAUGUAGAAUUAUUUCUUAUGGAGGCAAAUCACAUAUAUUAUACAAAGUUUCAAAAAUUUAUGGUGGCACUCAGGACCGGCUCUGGACCAUGCUAAGUGAUACAUUUGCAAUAGGCUCCCAAAGUUUCUGAAAAAAAUUACAUACAAAUAGGUUCUAAAAUUUUUUUUUAAACCUCCAAAUUUGUAAAAGAAAAAAAUUUGCAUAAAUCCAGCCGCAUGUCCCCAAACUUUCAGGGCCGGCUCUGGUGGCACUUGCCACCUUAUUGGCUAACUUACAUCCGCCACUGGUCGUAUCAUCUGCUAGAUCAGAUAACCAGGUUAAUCUGAUUACCACAAGCACCUUCUCAUCAGAAUCAGAUUAACCUUUAUGGUGCAUUGAUGGUACCCGUCAAAAACCAUUCAUCUCCAAGGCUAUUGGGAAUAGGGUCAGGGACUCUAAACCGCUGCAGCUCUGCUCUCCUUUAAUCUGGCACAAGGCUAUUAUCCUCAAGCAUGCCAAUGCGACCACCUCUUGGUUAUUUAUAGGGGUUUGGAUAUUGAUAAUAUGUAUUUGCUAUGUGGUUUAUUGCCGGAAUGCAUGAACCAUUUUUUUUUACUGCACCUACUCUCAAUCAAUCUGGAGAAUAGUCAUGUCAAGGCUAUCUAUCUCAAACACCCCUCACCGAUGUCAUGAGCUUAUCAACUGGCUUCUCUCUGCGCAAUUAGAUAGGAAUACAAGACUGGCUGCCUAUCAGGGAUGGCAGACUACAAUCUAUACUAUUUUGCAAUAUAUAAAUGAUCGUUUCCACUGGGGAUCUCCAUCACUCCUUCACAACUUGGACACCGAAUUCUUGAUACAAUCAAGACAAAGUGCUCAGCCAUGGUUUCGUUGGGACAAAGCUGGGAAUUUUGCUUAUUACUUGUUGGAGUACUCCACCAUAACAUCUAUAAUCUGUUGCUUUGUUAUAAUCCACUAUCCGACCACUGAUCCUGUUAUUCUAUUUCUGCUUCUUCGCUUCCUUUGCUUCCUUUGUAAACUUUUUUGAAAAAUAAUAAUAAUUCAAGAGAACCUUUUGACAAAAAAAAAUACUGUACUUUUACACUUAACAUUCGUACAAAAAAAAACUCCGUAUGCUGUAUUUAAAUGAAUCAGAUAGAAAACAAUUAGUUUGUUCAAAUUGAUUUAGAUGCAAAUGCAUUAUAAUUGUAAGUGGACUUGACAUGGUAACGUUGUAGAGACUUGGUUCGGCUAGUGAGUUGAGACGAAGAAGUUAUUCUUCUUCUGGUGUCCCCUUUCGUAUUUCUCGUGCCAAAGAUGCAACAUUUUCGAUCCCAAAAAAGGAAGUGUCUUGGUCUUUCUGAUUGCCAAAUAGCAGUCAAGAUGUCAUAUCAAUCCGGAGAAUCGGAGAUUAUCUACUAUCGACUUAAUGUAUCUAGACAAUCUGAAUUGAAACACAAUUUAAUAACAUAUAUAAUUAGGGACAAUUCAUAUUUAAUACAUGGGCUCAUCUAUUUAUACUAUAGUACGAUAAAUGUCUUUUUGACUUAACGAUCGUAUAAGUGCAUUAUACGAUCGUACACAAGAAGGUGGGAGACAGGUGUGACGUGUGGCUAUACUGACACUAAGACAUUGACCAAUUAAAUACGGACCCCUACUAAUCUCCACUUGUUUACUUUAAUUAUCGUUUUAUUUUAGUUGAUUUUCUAUAUUUUGUUUCUCCCAUAUUAUAUAGUAUCUUUUUACAAAAAGAUUAGCCAAUUAAAAAUAGUAAUUGAUAUCGAUUUCUCAUAGUUUAUAGAUCUUAUGAAGGCAUUCGAUUCCUUGUGCAUGAGAGGCUGGUUAGUAAUAUAUAUAUAAGGAUACUAUUAGUUAUAAAAUAGUCAAGAGAUUGACAGAGAUAAGUUAAAUACUGGGACUUCCAAAAAAAAGAAGAGACAAGCUCAAUAUUGGAUAUUCACCUAAUUUGUAUAAAUAAGAAAAAACAUAAAGCAAUCUUAAAUCAAUGCGACAUUUAAAUAAAUGAAAUAUUCAGGGUUGACAAAAAAAAUGAAAUAUUCAGACUACAAUCUACAGAUAGUGCUGGAGACCAAUAAAAUUAGUGAUAAAUAAUGUGUCAAGUACAUAGUACAUAUAUAAGUUAUAAUCUACAUAUUUUUGUAAACUAUGAGAAUUUUGGGCAAGAUCUUAAUCUUUCUAUAAGUUUGGGACCAACUUUUGCUAAUACAUGAUAGUAUAACAUAACGUAUUUUCCCACGGGAAUCAAACUAAACGCAUAACAAAACCAACUAUUUGUGCUAACUGCUAACCCAAUGUCUAACGCACCAUUAGUAUUUUUUCCUUUUACCAUUGGUAUUAUUUGCAUACAUAUGUUCUUUUUUUUUUGUCACGAAAAUUUGCAUACAUAUGUUCAAAAAUCAAAACCCCACUACAUAUCUUUAUAAACAAAAAGAUUCAACAAUAGAUAACACAUAACUGUAUAAGCUAGUAGAAGUAGAGUAUAUAUAGAUAAGUCCAAUAAAAGUUGGGUAAAUAACUUUAUAGACAAGAAAGUAGAGUUAAGAGAACAACGAAGAAAAACAUGAAACGAGUGUUGUAACUUGUAACGACCAUGAGACUCACGUAUACCACAUUAAGACAGUAAAAAGGAAGAGUAACAAAAGUCGUUGCGUGUGGAAAGAGUGAGAAGUCAAAAAUGUUUCAUAAAAAUGCGGUUAUACUAGUUUGUGUACAUGUGUUUAUUGCUUGAAGUUUUCAACCAUAUUAUAAAAUCCAGUAAAUAUUUUUACUGAAAUGAAAUAAUUAUUUACUGGGGGAAUGUCCUUUUGGUCAACAACACAGAGACACACACAGUCUUCACUUCCUCUGUCACAGACUCACAGCACAGUCUAUAGAAACAAAUUAAAUUCAUAGGUUGCCCAAUUAUACCCACAUUCUGAAUAUAUCCCACAUAGACAACAAGACACAAAUGGAAAACCCCAGUCAUCAUUCUUGUAUUUCUUUCCUUUUUACAUUAAUAAUUAAAAAACAGCGAAAUCAAUUAAAUUCGUAUUUUUACUCAUUUAUUAACACUUUCACACAAUUAUCUACUUUAAACCAUUUAAUGAUUUUGUACUAAGUUUGUGAACCUGCUGCUUAUGCUUAUGUCAUGAAUGAUUUCCCUAAACUGUAAUCAUAUGGGUGGUUACCGGUUAGUUCACAACACGAAUUAUACCAUUUCAAAAUUCUUAAGAUACCAAAUUUGAUUACGUUGAUAGUUGAUACUAUAUAAUAGUGCAAAUUAUUAUUUUAAUAUAUGCACAAAUAAAAAUAUUAAAAUUAAGGAAAAGAAGAAACAGACGAAGACCUCUUCCAUACAAGAACCCAACAAUUCACCUAACAAAUAUAAGAAGAAAAAAAAAAUGAAACAUCCAAUAUUUUUUUUUUGAAAAAGUAUUAUUUAUUUUCAAAAAAAGUUAAUAAUAAUUAAUAAAUAAAGAAAACGUUUAUGUAGAGCGUGAAGUAAACGUACCAAUGAGAGAGAUGUGAGAGAGUCUAACAUCCAAUGCUCUGUUUCCUUCUCGUACGACGUGGGCCUCUGGUCUCAACCUUGUUCCUAUCAAACGUUCCCUUCAAUGUUACAUUUUCACUCCACGCGCUUACCUACAACGCGUGCGAUUCAAAACUUUCCUCCCUUAUUUUCUUCUCCUCUCUCCUGUCUCUAUUCUCUGAAUUUUCUCAGUUUCUUAAAAAAAAACCCGAAGAAACACGAUCAGUGAGAGCAGAGAGAUAGAGAGAAAGAGGAAAAAGAUCUUUCUGGGUCUGAACUACACCAUGAGAAAUCACCGGAGCUCCGAUUACCUCCGGUCACCGGCGAGUUUCCCGGCUAAAAUUUAACAUUCUUUUUUUUUUUUUACAUUUUUUGGUAUUAAAACGAAGGAGUUUGGUUGAUUAUAGAGUUGCAAUGUCGACGACAGCUCAAUCGCAGUCGCCACAACCGUCAUCAGAAGAAAUAGCGUCGAAAGCGCUACAGAAGCGUUACGAAGGAUUAAUGACGGUGAGAACAAAAGCAACAAAAGGCAAAGGCGCGUGGUACUGGACUCAUCUCGAACCGAUCUUACUACACAACACCGACACUAACCUCCCCAAAGCCGUCAAGCUCCGUUGCUCCUUAUGCGACGCCGUUUUCUCCGCCUCUAACCCUUCCCGCACCGCCUCCGAGCAUCUCAAACGCGGGACUUGCCCCAAUUUCAACUCUUUGCCCAAACCCAUCUCCACCAUCUCUCCUCCUCCUCCGCCGCCGCCUCCGCCGCCGUCUAGUCGGAAACGCAACUCCUCCGGUGGAAGCUCCGUCGAAGCUCCUUCGCCGUUAAAUCAUCUUCCUCCCGGGUCUUACCACGUGACGCCUCUCACCGUCGUUGAUCCGGGGAGGUACUGCGGCAGAGAGUUGCACUUUCCGGCGGCUCAGCCGCAUUUGAUGCUUUCCGGUGGAAAAGACGAUCUGGGUCCUUUGGCUAUGCUUGAGAACAGUGUGAAGAAGCUCAAGAGCCCCACGCAGACGCAUAAGCUAAGCAGAGUUCAGAUAGACUCGGCGCUCGCUUCUCUCUCCGACUGGGUGUUCGAGUCUUGCGGUUCUGUUUCUCUGUCUGGUCUCGAGCAUCCGAAGCUGAGAGCUUUUCUAACGCAAGUCGGGUUACCGAUCGUCUCACGGAGAGAGUUCGUCGCCGGAAGGUUGGAUAUGAAGUACGAGGGUUCGAGAGCUGAGGCUGAGUCGAGACUCGGCGACGCAAUGUUCUUCCAACUCGCUUCCGACGGGUGGAAGUUCGAAAGCUCCGGAGAGAAUCUCGUGAGCUUGAUGGUGAACUUACCCAACGGGACGAGUCUGUACAGACGAGCUCUGUUUGUUAACGGAGCUGUUCCGUCUAACUACGCUGAGGAAGUUAUGUGGGAGACGGUGAGGGGUAUUUGUGGUAAUUCACCUCAGAGGUGUGUUGGCAUUGUUUCGGAUAGGUUUAUGAGUAAAGCUUUGAGGAAUCUCGAGAGCCAGCACCAGUGGAUGGUUAACCUCUCUUGUCAGUUUCAAGGGUUCAACAGUUUGAUUAAAGAUUUAAUUAAAGAGCUUCCUUUGUUCAAAUCCGUCUCUCAAAGCUGCUCGAAGCUCGUCGGUUUCGUGAACAGCACGGCGCAGAUGAGAGACUUGCUGUGUAAGUAUCAGUUGCAAGAGCAAGGAGAAUCUAGACUGCUGUUUUUCCCUUUGGAAUGUUCGUUGUAUAGUCUCCUUGAGGACGUGCUUAACUCGGCUAGAGCGAUUCAGUUGCUGACGCAAGAUGAUGCGUGUAAGGUUGCUAUAAUGGAGGAUCAUUCGGCUAGAGAUGUAGCUGAAAUGGUUGGAGAUGUCGGGUUUUGGAAUGAGGUAGAGGCGGUUUAUUCGCUGUUGAAGCUCGUUAAAGAGAUGGCUCGACGAAUAGAGGAAGAGAGGCCUUUGAUAGGGCAGUGUUUACCCCUUUGGGAGGAGCUAAGAUCAAAGAUAAAAGAUUGGUACGUUAAGUUCAAUGUAGCUGAAGAGAAUCAAGUUGAGAAGCUCGUUGAGAGAAGAUUCAAGAAGUGUUAUCACCCGGCUUGGGCUGCGGCGUUUAUACUUGAUCCACUUUACUUGAUAAGAGACAGCAGCGGGAAGUAUCUCCCUCCAUUCAAAUGCUUGUCGCCGGAGCAAGAGAAAGAUGUUGAUAAGUUGAUAACAAGGCUUGUGUCUAGAGACGAGGCACAUAUUGCAAUGAUGGAACUGAUGAAGUGGAGAACCGAAGGGCUUGAUCCGGACUAUGCAAGGGCUGUUCAAAUGAAGGAGAGAGAUCCCGUUUCAGGGAAGAUGAGGAUAGCUAAUCCACAAAGCAGUAGACUUGUUUGGGAAACUUAUCUUAGUGAGUUCAGGUCAUUGGGGAGAGUUGCUGUUAGGCUUAUUUUCCUUCAUGCUACUUCUUGUGGGUUCAAAUGCAACUCUUCUCUUUUGAGAUGGGUAAACUCUCAUGGGAGAUCAUCGCGUGCAGCCAUGGAUAGGGCACAAAAGCUAGUUUUUAUAUCAGCCAAUUCGAAGUUCGAAAGGCGAGAUUUCUCCAAUGAUGAAGAGAAGGAUGCUGAGCUUCUCACUAUGGCUAAUGGUGAAGAUGUUGAUAUUCUCAUUGACACAUCCUCGGUGUGACUUGUUAAUUUCUUACUUCUUUUAUGUUAGUUUUCUUUAGAACUUGGCCAUUUUGUAGAUUGCUUGAGUUCUUUUCUUUAAUUUCUUUUGUUGCUAUUACUUGGCUCCUUUUAGGAGGUGAGAAAGAGAGCCAUAUCAUUGUAUUUCUAUAAGCCUAUUUCGAUCAUAGUUUUAGGCGAUUUUCAUUGUCCUUUUUCGAUUGUAGCAAUGAUCUUGAGAUUGGUUUUGGAAUUCAUAAAUACAAGAGCCAUAUUACCAUUUA